GUCUUGUCGAUUUUGUUUGUUUGUCCAUGUGUGGAUACCGAAGUUUGAUGCUCAGAAAACCGUGUUUGGUUUGAAAAAGGUUGCAAGACAUUUUGUACUCUGUAAAAGACGGUUUCAAGUGACUCCUUCUUAUUCAAGCAGAAAGAUCAUGACAGUUCAUCAAACCAACGUCGCAAGUGUCCCUUUGAUUCCUCGAAAGAUCUUGUUUGAUAACCCCAAACAAACAGCAGUAAAAGUAUCUCCAGAUGGAAGUUUUCUAGCCUAUCUAGCUCCAAGUGAUCAAAACGUGCUGAACGUUUGGGUUUAUCCUCGUGGGAGUGAGUUGAAGCGUAUGGUGACUAGAGAUACUUAUCGUGGUAUUCGAUUUUUUCAAUGGUCAGAAGAUUCAAGGAGUAUUUUGUAUUUACAGGAUAAGGAUGGCGAUGAAAACUUUCACUGUAUGUUUGAUAUUACUGAGGAAGGCUCUCCAAGUAUAGACCUAACUCCUUUUGAAAAUGUCAAGGUGGAGGGACUGAUGUCUUCCCCCAAGAGACCUAAUGAGCUUCUCAUUGGAAUGAAUCAACGAGACUCGUCUUGUUUUGAUGUUCAUCGUAUUUUUCUAGAUUCACGAGAGAUAUGUUUUGAUACUGAAAAUCCUGGAGAUGUUGUAUCAUGGACGUUGGAUGAAAGUACCAUGACAAUAUUGGGAGCUACUGCUACCCAUCCAGAAGAUGGAAGUACCAUUCUUCGUAUUCGUGAUAGUCCUGAGGUACCUUGGAGAGAGCUGAAAUACUUUCCAUAUGGUGAGGAAGGAGACAUUGUGGAUUUUAGUGCAGACCAUGAGCAUGUAUAUCUUCGAAGCUCUUUAGAAGCAGACAAGACACAACUAGUUUUAGCUAAGCGUUCCAACGGGGCCAUUGUUCAAACGUUGGCUUUUUCUCAUCAAGCCAACGUUGGUCGUGUUCUAUUGCAUCCUGAUGAUAAACGACUUCAAGCCGUUUCUUUUACAUUUGCCCGAAAGGAAUGGAAUUUUUUUGAUGAAUCCAUGAAAGAAGACUUUCUUUUUAUAGAACAAAAGUUUGGUGACGUUGAUUUGGACUUUACAAGUCGUGACCAUGCAGACUCUAUAUGGGUUUUAUCAGUAAUUCGUGACAGUCGUUCUGUUCAAUAUAUUAUGUUUGAUAGAAGAUCAAGAACGAUAACACCUUUAUUCCAUGAACGUCCCGAACUUGAUGAAUAUAUAUUGAGUAAGAUGGAGUCCAUUAUUGUAAGUGCAAGAGAUGGAAUGCAGUUGCAGUGUUAUUUAACAAGACCUGUCUAUGGAACUGCACCAUUUCCUCUUGUUCUAUUUGUACAUGGUGGUCCUUGGGCAAGAGACUAUUGGGGUUUCAAUCCCAUGUCACAAUGGUUUAGCAAUAGAGGAUAUGCUUGUCUUCAAGUCAACUAUCGUGGUUCUGCAGGUUUCGGUAAAAGUUAUUUGAAUGCAGGAGAUAAACAAUGGGGCAUUGGCAAUAUGCAAAAUGAUUUAACGGAUGCUGUCAAAUGGGCUAUAGAAAAUAACAUUACAGUUUGGAAUCAAGUGGCUAUUUAUGGUGGUUCUUAUGGUGGAUAUGCUACAUUGGCAGGUCUUGUGUUUACUCCAGAACUAUAUUGUUGUGGAGUUGAUAUCGUUGGACCCUCCAACUUGAAAACCUUGAUAGACAGUGUUCCUGAUUACUGGAAGCCUAUGAAGAAGGAAUUGUUAUUGAGAAUAGGGCCUGUAGAUACAGAUGAGGAAUUCAAUCGAAAAAUAUCUCCUUUGUUUCAUGUGGAGAACAUCAAGGCACCACUUUUAAUAGGACAAGGAGCAAACGAUCCUAGAGUGAAGCAGCGCGAAAGUGAUCAAAUAGUAAAGGCAAUGUUGGAAAGGAAUAUACCUGUUGAAUAUGUGCUGUAUCCCGAUGAAGGACACAGUAGUUUAGAUAUUGGCAUUUUGUUCAAUAGUUUUCAAUUUCAUUUCGUUUUGUGUAGGUUUUGCUAGACCACCUAAUCGAUUAGACUUUUUAGGAAGAGCAGAAAUAUUUUUGUCCAAAUAUAUUGGAGGUCGCUGUGAACCAUAUGAAAAAGUUGCCGAGAGUACCGCUUGUUUACCUAUUCAAGAGGGUCUUCUCAAAUAAUGGGGUUUGUGGACUUAAUAAAGUUACUUUUAGUGUUUGUUAGGAUUCGUUUUGACUCGAGUCUAAAAAACUGCAUUUUGAGAGAAAGAGAGUAGUUGGAUUCCAUUCUGGACCAAGUGAGCUGUUUUUGUACAUAAAGAAGAGCCAGUGUUGUCAACGCUUUGAACUUGGCUCAAGUUUAGUACUGAAACUAUUCCGUCUUUAAUUUCCAACUAAGUCAUUGUUUUCGUUGGACAAGUGUACUUUUAUUAUCUACGUUUCUUUGUAAAGUUCUGAAAUUCAUUCUUUCAUAACCGUCCAUCGAGUUCUCUUGAGCACUGAGUUCCUGGUAGACUUUAGUGUUUUUUUGUGUACCAUUUUUUCUAUCUUUUUGAAGUCUACACACUUUAUGCAACACUUAUUGUUGCUUCAACUUGUGGUAUUAUAUGGAAAUUUGAGAUUUGCAUUUUCGAGAAGAGAGCAAAGACAAAGGAGUUUAAGCUGUGGUUGAGUUGUAGCAGAUCACUCCAUUAGUUGCUCGCAAGUCCAUUUAGUUUUAUAAUUGU